UGAUUUCGUCGCUCAUCCAAACGAUGGAGCAGGCGAUGCUGUGAAGACGAGACGGAUAGCCAGACCCGCUCCCGGCGAUGUCCUCUUAUUACCACCCAGCCAAGGAGGCAGACAUGGCGACCAUGGCGGAACCGCUCUGCCUAGAAAGAGACGUGUGUAGGGUGAUUGAGCUGUUGGACCGCCUGCAGCGCAGAGGCGAAUUGCCUCCUCCCAAAUUGCAGGCCCUGCAGAGAGUGCUGCAGAGCAAGUUCUGUGCGGCCAUCAGAGAGGUAUACGAGCAGCUAUAUGACACUCUCGACAUUGUCGGAGGACCGGAGGUGCGAGCGCAGGCGACAGCCAAGGCCACAGUGGCGGCCUUUGCGGCCAGCGAGGGCCACGCCCACCCACGGGUGGUGGAGCUGCCCAAGACAGACGAGGGGCUGGGCUUCAAUAUCAUGGGGGGCAAAGAGCAGAACUCCCCCAUCUACAUCUCCAGAGUGAUACCUGCGGGGGUGGCCGAUCGCCAGGGGGGCCUGAAGAGAGGAGACCAGCUGCUGUCUGUCAAUGGCGUGACUGUGGAGGGGGAGCAUCACGAGAAGGCUGUGGAGUUGUUGAAGGCUGCGCAAGGUUCUGUCAAGCUGGUGGUGCGCUACACCCCCAAGGUGCUCGAGGAAAUGGAGGCUCGCUUUGAGAAGAUGAGGACUGCCCGCAGACGACAGCAACAUACAAGCUACACUUCUCUGGAGUCCAGGGGCUAAGUGCUUCAACGCCUUCCUCCACGUCAUCACCCGUCCUACCUGCCGCUUGUGUCCCAGUUGGAGGCGUGACUAUAGACGACAAGUAGUAAACCAAAGUAGCCUACUAACGCCUGAUACCUGAAAUGAAGCCGAGCACCGCUGUUUGGGUUUAUCCCUUCGCCCCCUUCUCCCUAUUUCUUCGGAAAAUACAGCGAUGACUUGUCGCGUCAAAUCCUGGUGCGCAGUCUUCUCCAGUGUCCCAACAACAUCAAUGUAAUCUACGUGGUCUGUGGCUUAACUAGAUCUUAGUGUCCAUAUUCGGAUUUUGUGCAUACGUACACUAUGUGGUCCACUGUGCUCCUAACAAGUGAGAAGUUUGAGGAAGUAUGUGUAAAAAGACCCUUUCGCCUUCAGCCCCGAUUCUGUGACAGAUAUCCCAAUAGACUGGCAGACCAUGAGCGAGAACUCCCCUCAUUGGCUGCUAUAUGUGACAAUAGGUUUUAGACUUUAUAUCAUUAUUUAUUUACUCAUGGAAUAAACCGUGUCAGUCAAACACUGUCCUUCCAACUGUCUUUCU